AUACACACAACACAUACAUACAAUUCAAUUCAUACACUUUGAAGCUCCUCUAUCUCUCUCUUUAUCACCAGAUCUCCAUCCUCUUCUCUUCUCACACACACUCUCCCCUUUUAUCCAACACAAAUUUGUCUCCAAACCAAACCCUAAACACACAAACAACAACAACAUAUUUCAAACAUCAUACUUUUUAAUUAUAAUUUUUUAUUAUAUUAGUUUCAUCAUAUCAUAUCCACUCCAAUUUAAUCCAAACUUUCAUAAUAUAUUACUAUAUAUAUGCGAGUUAUUAAUGUCUCAAACAAAUUAUUAAAAGUAAAACCUAUAGUGAUACUUAUAUAUAUUUUUUUUGUUUGGGGGUUUUUAGAUUAAAAAUAAAACCCCCAAACAAAUGGGUGCUUGCAGCUCCAAACCAGCAACCGGAUCCAAAUUCUCGGGUCGAUAUGAUAUCGAUAUUCCGGUCAAACCAGAUGAUAACAAUAAUAAUACCAAUAAGCAGCUUGAAGAAAAUGAAGCCGAAACCGAAACGACGUCGUAUGCCAAAAAAUCACCUUUUUUUCCUUUCUACAGUCCAAGUCCAGCCCGGAACUGGUUCUCCAAAAAAUCAUCUCCGGCGAAGUCUCCGGCGCCGACACCCAGUUCAAAUUCGACACCCAGGAGGUUUUUCCGGCGACCCUUUCCGCCGCCGUCUCCGGCGAAACAUAUAAAGUCUGUUUUGGCAAGAAGGCAUGGGGCAGUGAAGCCUAAUAACAGUGGUGGGGCUAUACCUGAAGGGAAUGAGGUUUCGGGUUCGGAUUCGGGUUCGGGUUUGGAUAAAAGUUUUGGUUUUUCGAAGCAUUUUGGGAGUAAAUAUGAAGUUGGUGAAGAAGUUGGAAGAGGGCAUUUUGGGUAUACUUGUAAAGCUAAGUUUAAGAAAGGUGAAUUUAAAGGUCAAGAUGUUGCAGUCAAAGUUAUUCCCAAGUCAAAGAUGACCACGGCUAUAGCUAUUGAAGAUGUGAGAAGGGAGGUGAAGAUAUUGCGAGCGUUGUCGGGUCAUAACAAUUUAGUUAAGUUUUAUGAUGCAUAUGAAGAUCAUGAAAAAGUCUAUGUAGUGAUGGAGUUAUGUGAAGGAGGGGAACUCUUAGAUAGAAUUCUUUCAAGGGGUGGGAAAUACAGCGAAGAUGAUGCGAAAGCUGUGUUAAUUCAAAUAUUGAAUGUUGUUGCCUUUUGUCAUCUUCAAGGUGUGGUCCACCGGGACCUGAAACCAGAGAAUUUCUUGUUUACGUCCAAGGAUGAAAAUUCACCGCUUAAGGCCAUAGAUUUUGGUUUGUCAGACUUUGUGAAGCCUGAUGAAAGGCUUAAUGAUAUUGUGGGCAGUGCAUACUAUGUGGCUCCAGAAGUUCUACAUAGAUCAUACAGUACCGAGGCAGACGUAUGGAGUAUUGGUGUCAUAGCAUAUAUUCUUUUAUGUGGCAGUCGUCCAUUCUGGGCUCGAUCUGAGUCUGGGAUCUUUCGAGCUGUUUUGAAAGCUGAUCCCAGUUUUGAUGAAGUACCUUGGCCUACACUAUCAUCUGAGGCAAAAGAUUUUGUCAAACGCUUAUUAAACAAGGACCCUAGGAAAAGAAUGACUGCUGCUCAAGCCCUCGUUCAUCCAUGGAUUAGAAACACUACCAAUGAAUUGAAAGUGCCUCUUGAUAUCUCGAUAUUAAGACUCAUGAAGGGUUAUAUGCGUUCUUCUGCUCUUCGUAAAGCUGCUUUACGGGCUUUAUCGAAGACGUUGACCGUUGAUGAGUUGUUUUAUUUAAAGGAACAGUAUUCUUUGUUGGAACCAAGCAAAAACGGAUCCAUAAGCAUGGAAAAUAUCAAAGGAGCAUUGAUGAAACAUGCUACGGAUGCCAUGAAGGAGUCACGAGUUCAUGAUUUUCUAGCAUCGCUUAGUGCCCUUCAAUACAGAAGGAUGGAUUUUGAGGAGUUCUGUGCAGCUGCCAUUAACAUCUAUCAGCUCGAGGCUCUUGAUAGAUGGGAACAACAUGCUCGUUGCGCCUACGAACUCUUCGAGAAAGAUGGCAACCGAGCCAUCAUGAUAGAAGAACUUGCUUCCGAACUCGGCCUCAGCCCAUCCGUCCCUGUUCAUGCCGUCCUCCAUGACUGGAUUCGACACACUGAUGGAAAGCUCAGUUUCCUCGGAUUUGUGAAAUUGUUGCAUGGUGUCUCAAGUCGAGCCCUCACUAAUAAACCUCAAUAACACUUGUUUACGAGGCUCUGGCAUCUGUAAAGACGGUUACUUGAAUUUGUGUUUUAUCUGCAUUUAAAGGUGGGAACCACUUCACUUUAUACAUCAAUUCCUGACUAGAAAAAAAGAAAAGAAAGAGGAACAUGUUUGCAAUUGCCAUUGUCUUUUUAUUGUAACAUCAGAUGCUUCAUGUUCUAAUCAAGUAAUCAACUUACUACAACCUGCCACCAUCCAUCCUGUACUGCUAGGUUUUCGAACUGGAUUGGUGUUUGUGACAACCCUGUUUGCUUUAUGUUUAGGCCUCUAAUAUGUUGGACUAAAGUUUACCGAGUUUUGAAAUGUGUACGUAUAUGUAGAGUACCGGGUUCAAGUUGUUGAAUCUUUGCAGUUCGAACAAAAAAAAAGUUGUUGAA